AUGGAGCACAGAAAGUCCACAGGCAAAAGAUCAGAGGAAAGAUCAGAAGGGGCAGAAGAAGAACCCAAUGAAACUCAGGGAGAAUUUGAAGAGAUGGCUGAGAGGUCUUCUGUAUCAAGCCAGACUGUGUCUGAUGAUGAGGAGAGUGCAUGGCGGACAGAAUCGGAGGAGGAAGAUGAAGAUGCUGAGGCCGGACCAUCAGGGGGCAGGAAACAAUCCCAGAAAGUUGGGGAAAAGCAGCACGUCGGAAGGAAACCCACCCAGCAGAGGAAGCAGAGGAAGAACCCGUUUCUUGUGGGGAAGUACACAAGGCAUCUAGUGAACACCAUCAGACCUACACAUUGGAGGAAGAAGAUUUUAUUCCACAUGAAGAUGCAUCAUCAUUCUCUGAAGAUUGAUCCCCAAGAGCGGUCAGGUGCUGUGCAGGAGACUGUUGACAAAGGAGAAGAACCUAGUACAUCAGAAGGAGGACCAAGGGAGGAAGAGGUGGAAGAGGUUUUGACCAAUCAGGACAGAUCCACAAGGAAGAAGGAAAAUUAUACGAAGGACAAACCCAUUUCAUCUCAGAGCGGGGUCCACCUUGAGCAAGAAGAACAAACAGGAGAGAGAGACAGAAAGCAUCUUGAUGCUCAUCUCAGAAUCCACACAGAGGAUAAAACCAGUCAAAGCUCAGAGACAGUGAAAAGUGACUGUCUGAGUGAUCCAGUGCUUGACACAGAGGGGAAAAGUCACACAUGUUUGGAGUGUGGAAAGAGCUUCACACGGAGCUUACAACUUACAAGACAUCAACAACUAAUUCAUUCUGAGGAGGAACAGUAUAUCUGUACAAGAUGUGGAAAAAGCUUCCAAAAACAAGAAAAUCUCAUAGCACAUCAAAAAUGCCAUACGAGGGGGAUGCCCUUUAAAUGUUCAAGCUGUGAAAAAUGCUUCAGGUAUAGAUCAGCCCUUACAAGACAUGAAAUAAUUCACACAGGGGAGAAACCCUUUAAAUGCUCACGCUGUGAAAAAUGCUUUAGUGAUAGAUCAAACCUUACCAAACAUGAAAGAAUUCACACAGUAGAGAAACCCUUUAAAUGCUCAAGAUGUGAAAAAUGCUACAGUGAUAGAUCAGCCCUUACCAAACAUGAAAGAAUUCACACAGGAGAAAAACGCUUUAAAUGCUCAAGCUGUGAAAAACGCUUCAGGUAUAGAUCAGGCGUUAUCAAACAUGAAAGAAUUCACACAGGAGAGAAACCCUUUAAAUGCUCACGCUGUGAAAAAUGCUUUAGUGAUAAAUCAGCCCUUACCAAACAUAAAAGAAUUCACACAGGGGAGAAACCCUUUCAAUGUUUCACAUGUGGAAAACGCUUCAAUGAAAGCCCAGCCCUUACUAAACAUGAAAGAAUUCACACAGGAGAGAAACCCUUUAAAUGCACAAACUGUGAAAAAUGCUUUAUUGAUAAAUCAGCCCUUACCAGACAUGAAAGAAUUCACACAGAACAGAAACCAUAUAAGUGUAACGAAUGUGGAAAGAGCUUUACUGUUAGCUCCAGCCUUAAGUUACAUAAACAAAUUCACUCAAGAGUGAAACCCUAUACAUGCGAAGUAUGUGGAAAGAAGUUCAAUCAGAGAGCAUCCCUCAUCAAACAUCAGAAGUGCCAUUCACAGGAGAAACCCUACAAAUGCAAAGAAUGUGGAAAGUGUUUUCCUCAGAGCUCAUCCCUUACUAGACAUGAAAGAAUUCACACAGGAGAGAAACCUUAUCAAUGUUCUGUGUGCAGUGAAACAUUCCGUCUCAGGGAACAGCUUGUUAGACAUCAAAAAACUCAUACACAGGAGGAGACUCAUAGACAGGAGACUCCCUAG